CGUCGCGCUCCAUACUCGUUUGAUAUUGGCUCGAAAGGAAAGAUAUCGGCGCCUCCUCAAGAUCAUCAAUGCCAGCGACUGUGGGCAUCCGUGUGGGGUCCAAGAUGCCAAAGAUGAUCGGCACGACCCAAAUGGGCUCAAUCAAGCUGCAUGACUACAUUGACGGUGCAUGGACUCUGCUUCUGACCUUUCCGCAGGACUUUCAUCCUGUCUGGGCCACGGAACUUGGGAUGCUCACCAAGCUAAAACCCCAGUUUGACGCACGGAAUUGCCGCGUCUUGGGGUUGAGUAUUGGGUCUUUGAAACAACAAGCACGGUUCCUCGACGAUGUCAACGAAACCCAGGACGUCCAGGUGAAUUUUCCCAUUUUCGCCGACGAAGCGGGGGAUCUAUCGCGAACGCUGGGCCUCGUCGCACCGUCGGCACCCAUGAAUGGGUCGGAGCACUUUCGACUGCCCUACAGCGCCGCCUUCAUCGUGGACAUUGACAUGGUAGUGCAAUUUGUGUUUCAUUACCCUGUCACAAUUGGCCGCAACUUGUACGAGUUUAUCCGCGUAUUGGACGGUCUGCAGCUGACGGCGUACAACCCAGUUGUGUUACCGACAAACUGGAAAGUCAACGACGAUGUGUUUAUCGAGCCAGACAUCACAUCCGACGCAGCCAAAGCUCUCUUUCCCCAUGGAUUUCACGAAAUCAAGCCGUAUAUUCGAGUCACGCCGUCCCCGAACAUCACAGACGAUUCAUGACACGCCUGUGCGGGCAAUUAUGUAGUAUAUUUGGUCUGUGGCAUUACUUGAUAUUACAUCAUCUAUCGCUGUUCGUUUGAUCCGUUGCCCGCAGAUGGGGUGGACGACGCAGCAAUAUUGGUCACGAUGGAAGGAUCGUGGGGGCGAGGGAGGUUGAGGUGAAAUUGCGGCUGGGGUGGCAAUUGACUGGUAUAUCGAGGGGGCGCGAGAUGCAGCACUGGUUGCUCUUGCCUCGCCACCACGCUACGCUGAAGAGCUUCCACGCGGGCGGCUGCCGCCGCGGCAUUCAAUGCCGCAGCAGCUGCUUCUUCUUGGGCUUCUCGUAAAUGCGCUGCUUCCUUGUCCAUGGCAAGUCUUGAGUGGUCGUAGUAGCGACUGCCAGGAUGUUGCUGCUGGUCCAUCGUUGCCAAAUUCGGAUUGUUGCUCCACGAAUCUUCCAUGGGCCGAUGGCUGUAGAUGGGAACGUUGUGUCUAGCAGAAUGCAUGGGCUGAAUAGGUUGGAGCAUGGACUGCGGCAUGGGUUGAAUCGGUUGGUGGAUCGACAUGGACGACGCCGACGAGGACGACGUUUGCAGGGGCUGAAGUUGGGAAUGAUGAAGCAUCGUUUGUUGCACCGGUUGAAUGGGUUGGUGGUGUGGAUGGUGGUACGACGGAAUGGGCAUUUGACCAUCUUGCAUGCUGCUACUGUGGGUGGUAGGAUCGUGGUACAGCGGGUGUCGGUGAGAAUGCAUGGGAUGGUACAUCGUAGUGCUGAACGUUGAGGGUGGUCGAAGGUGCGACGGUGGGGGAGGGUUGUAAGGCAGCUUUGGCUGAGACGCGUGCAUGGUGACAGGCGACGACUCGCACUGUCGAUUGAGAAUACUCGACAUGGACGACCGACUGAUCGAUGUCGGGGCAGAUGCGAUGACAAUGGGGGUCGACGCAGACGGUGACGAGGAGUACUGAGGACUCCCGAGGCUUUCGUUCAAGAUGGAAGAGAACGACAUGCGGCUUGACGCGCUUUGCACGGGAGCGGCAGGGGGCUCGAUGGGCGGGAGGUUAGGUGGCUAUUCAGAAUAAUUGCAAAACUUGAAGAGAAUUUUAUUGAAGUUGAGUAGAC